ACUUUCGACAAAUAUACAAUAGACAUGGCUAAAUAUUCGAUUAUCAUUUUAAUGUGUUUCUGUGCAGUACUCGAAUCGCAAGCAGCAAAUCGCUACGUUGAAGUCACACAAAGUUUACAGCAAUCACGAAGAAAAUUGGAUUUCAAUUUCAACUUUAACACAAACAUAUCCAGCCGUCUGUGCAACACUCAACUCGCAGAAUCGCAAGACAGCUUUGAAAAGAAUGAACUGUGGGCUAGACAGAUCCGGGACGCAUGGGGUAAAGUACCGUCAGGAAUGCUGUCGGGAAACUAUUUUGAUCUGGGAAACUUUGAUCAGUGUAUCGAUGUUCGACAUUAUUCGAACGAAGUGGGAGUUAUUGCUGGACAGCAUUGCACUUUGAUGAUUCCGUACGACUUGGGACUUAGCGCUGAGCCAAGAUUAGCAACGCCGAGUCGAUCAACUGACGUCAUCCUCCGUGUUGGAAUUUGUGUUCCACAGUCAUGCUCGCCGGAUGAAGUGCGAAAGUUUACCGAGGAAGCCCUUGUCGAAAAUUUUAACUUAACUUUGGAGGCGUCCUACGACCAAGACAUCAUGUGCAGUGCUCGUGAUCGCAAUCUAACUUACGUUAGUAGUGGUGUCCGCGUGUUCGCUAUUUCCUUUUUUGCCUUUAUUCUACUGUUGGUACUGGCAAGCACAAUAUAUGAAAUCGUUAGCAACAUCAUGGGCACUAAGGUGAACGUUGCAUUGAACGCAUUUUCCAUUUACACGAAUUCCAAAAUCAUCUUGACGAUGAAGCCUCUGAUGCAGAAAGAGAUGAUGUUUCUGCACGGUAUUCGAUCGAUCGCAAUCAUAUGGAUAGUUUGGGGACAUGCGUUUUCGAUCGACUUCUGGAUGGCACCGUUGAUGAACGCAAAAGGAUUGCUGGACCAAAGUGGCCAUCCAGUUGCGAUGAUUAUGUUUGCUGGAUAUUUGGGAGUUGAUACAUUCUUGGUACUGUCGUCCUUGCUGAUGUCGAUGAGUGUGUUCAGGGAACUCGAUCAAACGCGUAAGAUUAACAUCCCAGUUCUGUAUUUAAAGCGUUACUUCCGAAUCACGGUCCCGUUGGCGGCAGCAAUCCUAUUUAACGUCGGUAUCUAUAUGAAUUUGUCGGAUGGCCCGUUUUGGAAACCCGUAGGCGAUAAGUUGACAAUUUUCUGCGUUGAUGGAUGGUGGACGAAUUUAAUUUACCUUGCAAACUAUCUGCGGCCGGGACAGUUGUGUUUUGGUCACAGUUGGUAUUUGAUGGUUGACAUGCAGCUGUACUUCCUUUCACCAUUAGUUUUGUAUCCAAUUUGGAGAUGGAAGAAGAGAAUUGGUUUGAUGAUUGUGCUGAUUUUCGCCGUAGCAAGCAGCUCCGUCAUCUACAUAAUUGUCAUGUAUUUGAAGCACGAUUUUCGCACAUCUUUAAUGUCAGACACAGGCUCUCUGAAGGAAGUGCUGGUGUACACAACACCAAUUGGACGGCUCGGCUCAUGGAUGAUGGGGAUACUUGUCGGUUAUUUGUUACAUUUGUGCGAGGGUAGAACGAUCACAAUUUCAUCGAAACUGGUAUCGUUGGGAUGGUCUCUUACUACAUUGCUAUUUUUUACGGUAAUUUUCGUACAGUAUCCAUUGCGACAAGAGAACUAUCUUAACAAUCCAUUAAUUGCCGAUGCGCUCUACGAUGCAUUCAAGCCAAUUGUUUGGGGAUUGGUGAUUGGUUGGAUUAUCAUAGCGUGUUACUUGUCACACGGCAACAUAAUUAAACGAUUUUUAUGUCUCUCCUUGUGGGCUCCAAUUAGUAAACUCUCAUUUUGCAUUUACCUAAUGCAUCUACCGGUUCAAGCUUACUUUUUGGCUACAUUACGAAGUCCUGUCUACUUCACACCCACUAAUGGACUGUAUCGUUUCUACGGGAACUUUACCAUGUCUUUCUUUUUAGCAUUGGUUUGGGCGCUAAUGUUCGAAUAUCCAUCAUUAAAGAUCAUUACCGUUCUCUUGUCCCAACGGAAAUACCGGCAACAGAGGGAAAAUCAUUCUCCUGCCGCAGUUCAAACUCAAUAGCAGUUCUAAGAUUAGUAUCUUAAGUGUUACGAAAAAUGAAUCUUUGAGCGUCAAAGCUAGCAUUUUGCACAUUUUGAUGUACAUAAAAUGUAAUAAAUAUGGCGAAGACCAAGUACGAUGUUUUGGUACUAAAGUCGAGGGGCGGAUAAACAAGAAAAUCCUCUGUCAACCAAAAAUACUUAAGAAAUUGUUAAAAGCUAGAAAAUCCUUAAAAUCCUUUUGCUAAAGCUUAAAAUUUUGCAAAAAUCAAUCCUUGAAA